CUUACUUCGCACUACUUAUCCAUUAUUAGGCGUAGUAGAGAUGGCCACGAACCUCGCGUAGCUAGCAUAAAAUAGGUGUCGCGCAGAUACCGUACCAAGCAAGUGGCUGUUCGGCUGCACGUGAUGACGCACAUCACAUGGCACUGUACGCGCACCAUGCUGUGUCGUUCGUAAUUUCUGACCUGCAAUAUUAGCUAUAUAUUCUGCACGCGGCCUAAUAUAGUUUCGGUCGCCAUCUUACCUUGUUGUGGUUGUCGAAAAGACAGGUUAACCAUGCAUGUGGUCGUCGUAAAAUUGUGCGUGUUAGCGCGGUUUUAGUUUCAAUGUGUUCAAUAUGUGCUGCGUUGGUUAUGCAAACCACCAGUCAUAGCUGAUUGCAACCGCGCCCUGGAUUCAUAACGCCAGUCACCGCCAGUAGUGAUUCUACUCGCUAUACAGCUAUGGAUACGUUUGAUAUGUUAGGAAACGGUGAUAUAGAUGCAAGCUUAGAGCCUCAGACACGGUUUCGUGCUAAUACUUGGCAUGGAUUCCGACCACCGAAACCCGAGCCGGAGGAGCCCCGGGGAGGUGUGUCACCAGUGUCGGAACAGUCGGAAAACGCAGUUAACCUUACGCAAGAACUCCUCGAUCAGGCCGAUGGAGCGACGGGUGUUAAAAAAAAUACAUCACGGAGGAAUGCAUGGGGAAAUAUGUCCUACGCUGAUCUCAUCACUAAAGCAGUACAGAGUUCGCCUGAACAGAGACUGACGCUGUCACAGAUAUAUGAUUGGAUGGUUAGAAAUGUACCUUACUUCAAAGACAAGGGAGAUAGCAACAGUUCUGCUGGGUGGAAGAACUCCAUACGACACAACCUGUCGCUACACAACAGGUUCAUGAGAGUGCAAAACGAAGGUACAGGCAAGAGCUCCUGGUGGAUGAUCAACCCAGACGCUAAGCCUGGCAAAAACAUUCGGCGUCGUACUGGGUCCAUGGACACUCACAAGUACGAGAAAAAGCGCGGAAGAGUGAAGAAGAAGUUAGAACUACAGCGCGCUCUAUUGGCUAAUGGUAGCCCCACGUCUUCGGAAGGUGGCGAAUUGCUGGACACGUUCCAGCUGAGUGUAGCUGACUUCAGACCUCGCACGAGUUCAAAUGCGAGCAGCUGUGGCAGGCUGUCGCCAAUUCCAGCCAUAGAAACGGACAUGCACGACAAAGAGGUCCCUCCCAUGUCGCCAAUCCCCUGGAAUGCGGAGUACAACGGCUCAUCGUACGGCUCCAAUAGCAUGGACCUUUUUGCGGAACAGUUGACGGAAACGCUGAGUGAAAGUAUGAAGAUCACCAAAAGUCCAUUGCAUGAGCUGAGUCCGGAGGGCAGUGGGUACGGCAGCGGCUACCAGUCGCCCGCACACUUCCCUCACUCUCCUGCUGCUAACCGCACUUGCAGUAACCCUCACUCGCCAUACAACAACUACGUGGGUUCACCCUAUUCGCAGUCGAGCACCGGUGCGCCUCAGCAGCGCCAACAGUCGAGUGGAUUUGGCAUUCCUCUCCAGCAGUCGGUCUCCCCUCGCAGCUCGCUCACGACCCUUCAGCAGCCCACCGGUCAGAACCUGUACGCUAACACGGUCCUUAACGAGGAUCCGAUGAUGUCUUCAACAGCCGUCAGUCGCCACGUCUACACACCUUCAUCCCAAGGCCCACUCACGAUGUUGACGCCUGUCGGGACAGACCUUGCGACUGUGGCAAGCACAGAGAACAGUCAGUCUGCCAUCACUCCUCAGGCAAUUCAACCGGCCUUGUCGAGUGACUUGGACUUGGCCCUUGAUACGAUGAUGGGACUAGAGUGUGAUGUAGACCAAGUGAUACGACAUGAACUGAGUGUCGAGGGUAGCCUCGAUUUUAACUUUGAUGGCAUAGGUAAUGUCAACCCCCAGAAUGCGACUGAUGCUGUGCAGCCUGGAAGCCACUGGGUGCAUUAAAAUAGGUGGCCUAUAGAUGCCUUUAAUAUGAGAUGUCUUCAUGGGUGGGGAACUUCGACAAAAUCAGCUCAACUCAUGGAUCAAGGGUGUACAUCUACAUUGAAUCAAAAGCUUCAUCUUGCUUCUAAGCUACUAGCUGCAAGAUAGUACGGCAGUAUGCACUCCAACAGUGUAGACACUGCAGUAUGCCGCCAUGACGCUGGUCUAUACUGCACUGUGUGUCGGAGCACCGGUGACACCGUGGUCGAUCUCAUCAUAGCGUGCUGCAUAGAGCAUACACUGGUAUUGGUGAUACUGCUGUUCGACUAUUAUUCACAGCUACGACACAGACUGGUAAUGGAGGCAACACACUACAGUAGGCAUUGUAGCAAAUACCACGAAAUGCUGAUGGAUAGUGCAUCGCUACUACUUAUGCAGUUACAUGUAAUACCAUUUUGUCAGGCGAUUGGUCAUUACUAGAUUACUGCUAAUGCUGGCAACAGUGACAUCAACAUCAUUCAGUCAUACCUACUUCAGCAAUGGUGACUUCAGACUGCCGUGGGGUUGGUCAUUACUAAAGUUUACACUAGUAACGGUGACACCAGCCUGCCGUCACCAGCCUGCUGCGUGAUUGGUCAUUACUAAAGUUUACGCUAGUAAUGGUGACACCAGCCUGUGGUGUGGUUGGUCAUUACUAAAGUUUACGCUAGUAACGGUGACACCAGUCUGCCGUGUGGUUGGUCAUUACUAA